AUGUCUUCGAUAGCGCCCAUUCUUGUUCCGGAACUCUCGACAUCUAGCGGCAACAAUGCCGCAAACAUAGACUUGUGGGAGCAAGCUUUGACUACUCUUAGUGCCGAGGAUCGAAAGCAGUUUAAAGAUCCUUCAUCGAGUAUGCUUGACGUUCUGAAGAACGUUCAGGAAGCUACAGAAAGCAGAAAGAAUGAUUGCCUCUCAAAAGGCUGGAGGCUUUAUCGUAACAAGAAUGGUGAAGAGGUCAAGCUCCGACAUGUCCUUGAAAAGAUCUCCAUAUGGGUCAAGGAAUUCAUCAAGAUCAUUGACAUGGGAGUUUUGUUGGAUCAGAGUGGCUACGCCGCUUUGCCGUGGGCAACCAUCGGAUUUUCAGAUAUCGAUGAGUUAAGCAACGUUGUGGAAGGAAUUGAGUCCGUUUCUAGCCUUAUCACGCGGUACACUAUAGUUGAAAAGCUUUAUCUAUACCAAAACUGCGACGCGGAAUUAGGACUUCUCGAAGCCAUCACGAAGCUCUACGCAGCUAUACUUACCUACUUGGCAAAAGUCAAGGUUUACUGUACUGGAAAUGCUUGGAAAAGAUUUGGCCGAAGCUUAAUAGAGGCGAUACGCAAGCAGAAUGACGAAUUGCGGGCGAAGAUCUCAGAGACUGAGGUCGAGAAAUGGACAAAGUUGGUCGAUGUGGAGCGUGAGCAUGUCCUCUUCCCAACCACGUCGAACUUGGCUCAUCAUAUGAUAGUGCAACGGGCAAUGAGAGAAGACACCACUACACGUGAUCGGAUACUCGGGGACACAUUGAUAGGACUCAACAAGCCUAUGGUGCAGAUGAGCGAUCAGAUAUCUAUAAUUCAGGAUAAGUUUAAUAGAGAAGAGCGGUUAGAAGUCUUCCGCUGGAUGUCCGCAAUCGAAUACAGAAGCCAUCAUGAGGAUCUAUCGAAAGGCUUACUAGACGAAUCCGGCAAAUGGUUACUCGAGAACCAGCAUUUCAUUGAGUGGGGACAGUCGAGCGUGUCCUCCAUACUCUGGCUCCACGGAAUACCAGCGCCGCACAUGCUGAGUUUGAGGCCCUGGAUCAGAGCGACCGUCAUCAACACUGUGUUUGAUGCAAACUCGGACUCUUCUAUUGCCUUUUUCUACUGCGCAAGAAGCACCGCGGAGCCAGAACGCGCCAAGCCUGCUGAGAUCAUGGGUGCCCUACUAAGACAGCUUGCCUGCUCCAAACCAGAUCUGCCCGUCAAGGAACCUGUUGCAAAAGAGUAUGAAGCCCGGAGGAAUAAGGCUGAAGAGGAUUGUUCCGCGCUCAAGAAGUUGACAGUACAGGACUGCACCAGGUUGAUCAUUGAACUCACCAAGAUUCACCCGGCAACAAUCAUCAUUGAUGCUCUCGACGAAUGUGAAGAAAAUAAACGUCACGAGCUUUUGGAAGCCUUGGACGAGAUCAUUAGCAAUUCUGCGGAAGUUGUGAAAGUGUUUGUUUCUAGUCGCGGUGACAUUGAUAUCAAAUUGCAUCUGGAAGGAUCCAAAAAUAUCUCAAUCAGCGUGGAGAAUAACACCAGCGAUAUCGCGCGCUUUGUCCAAUCAGAAGUAGAUCGUCUGAUCUCGAAGCGACUUCUUUUGGACGGCAAGGUGUCCCCAAACUUCAAACGCAAGAUGAUCGAGACUCUCAUCGACGGUGCUCAAGGGAUGUUUAGGUGGGUGGAAAUGUCGCUAGAGGCCCUAAAGAGGAUCAAGUUCCUCCCAGACUUCAAGAAAGCCCUUGGCCAGCUCCCGUCGGAGCUUUCCGGCCUGUACGACAUUAUCUACGCGCAGAUAGACCAGACCGAGACACACGGACGGGAUGUAGCAGUUCAGACACUGAAAUGGUUGCUAUGUGCCCAGCGCCUGUUAUCUGCUGAGGAGCUCGUUGCCGCGGUGUAUAAAGUCGACGAGGACAUGUCUUCGGAUUCGGAUGAAGGUUCUGAGUCUGAAAACGAGCAAUUGCAGUCGCCCGAAAAUGACAUUCUUCGGCUUUGCCGCAACCUGGUUGUCUUUGAUUCUGAGCAAGCUAUUUUCCGCUUCGCGCACCAAUCUGUUCGCGAGUACCUCCUGAAGCGGCCACAUUACACGGCUACGGAACAGCAUGCGCUUGUUACAGAGAGAUGCCUAGAUGUGUAUCUGACUGAUUCGCUGCAUGGUUCCAUCGCUCGAAAUAUGGAGCGGCAGAAUGACGUUCUUAAGUCCUAUGCAGAAGUGUACUGGCCAGUACAUUACAAGAAUGUCGGGAAGCAUAGAUCCAAUGAGCUGGAGACAAGAGUAUCGCGAUUUACAGGGGGAGUCGAAGGAAGGUCGCUCCCAUACGUGCAGUGGAUAUCUGACAUUCGUUGUAAAUAUGGAGAUCUCAGAGGGUGGAAUGUGAACAGAAGGUUGGGGCUAGACUGGGAUGAUCGCCUAGGCUAUAGAAUACUUGUCGCAGCAUCUCGACCAGAUACACUUCUGGCUGCGGCAUCUGCUUUUGGGAUCCUUUCCUUCUUUGAAGGCCCUGAGCUGUCCUCAACAGACUGGAACCAAUGCCAAACAUCACAAAACGCCAAGUUUUCUUUGCUGUCCAUUGCCGCGAGGGAAGGCCACUAUCACCUGGCGCGGCUGCUUCUUGACAAAGGAGCUCACGUCAACGCUCGAGACAGAUAUCAUGAGAACGCUCUGGCAGCGGCGUCUUAUGAAGACCAUAACCAUAUCGUGCAGCUGCUCCUUGACAACGGAGCCGAGAUCAACUCCCAAAGUGAAGAUUACGGCAAUGCUCUGCAAGCGGCGUCGUCGAAAGGUCACGGCCAUACCGUGCUGCUACUGCUGGACCAAGGCGCCGAUGUCAAUACUCAAGGCACAUCCAACGAGCCCGCUCUGCAAGUGGCGUCUUCCGAAGGUCACGAUAAUAUCGUGCACGUAUUGCUCGAUCGCGGCGCCGACGUCAACGCUCAAGGCGGAUACUACGGCAGCGCUCUGCAGGCGGCGUCGCACAAAGGCCACGAUGGGAUCGUGCGGGAGUUGCUCGACCGGGGGGCCGAUGUCAACGCUCAAUGCGGUCGCUAUUGGAACGCUCUGCAGGCGGCGUCCCGGAGGGGUCAUGAACGGAUCGUGCGGAUGUUGCUCGAUCGAGGCGCCGAUGUCGACGGGCACACUUUGAGAGCGGCGUCGAGUGGCGGUCAUGAUCAUAUCGUACAGCUGCUCCUUGUCUAUGUUUGA